AUGCCGAGAUCGUGCGGCAGCCGCUCGGGGGCCCUGCUGCUGGCCCUGCUGCUUCAGGCUUCCGUGGAAGUGCGUGGCUGGUGCCUGGAGAGCAGCCAGUGUCAGGACCUCACCACGGAAAGUAACCUGCUGGCCUGCAUCCGGGCCUGCAAGCUCGACCUCUCCGCCGAGACGCCAGUGUUCCCCGGCAACGGCGAGGAGCACCCGCUGACCGAGAACCCCCGGAAGUACGUCAUGGGCCACUUCCGCUGGGACCGCUUCGGCCGCCGGAACAGCAGCAGCGGCGGCGGCGCGGGCCAGAAGCGCGAGGAGGAGGAGGUGGUGGUGCUGGGCGGCCCCGGGCCCCGCGGCGACGGCGGCGAUGGCGGCGAGGCGGGCCCGCGCGAGGGCAAGCGCUCCUACUCCAUGGAGCACUUCCGCUGGGGCAAGCCGGUGGGCAAGAAGCGGCGCCCGGUGAAGGUGUACCCCAACGGUGCCGAGGACGAGUCGGCCGAGGCCUUCCCCCUGGAGUUCAAGAGGGAGCUGGCCGGGGAGCGGCCCGAGGGCGCGGCGGCCCGCGCCGUGCUGGGGUACAGCCUGGUGGCGGAGGCCGAGGCGGCGGAGAAGAAGGACGAGGUGCCCUAUAAGAUGGAGCACUUCCGCUGGGGCAGCCCGCGCAAGGACAAGCGCUACGGCGGCUUCAUGAGCUCCGAGAAGAGCCAGACGCCCCUGGUGACGCUGUUCAAAAACGCCAUCAUCAAGAACGCCCACAAGAAGGGCCAGUGAGGGCGCGGCGGUCCCGGGCUGCUCUCCCCGGAAGUCGGCCCGAAGUCCCCGCUCCUCGCCUGCCCUCCUGCCGCCUCGCAGCCCGGGCGGUGACAGCGGCAGAUACUCGGCCUGUUUAAGCUGUGUGUAGUUAGUAAAUAAAACCUUUCAAGUUUCA